AUGCACAUCUCUCUCCUCCCCAUCUCUCUGCUCGUUGCAAGAGCUUUGGCAGACGGCGCGGCAAUAGUAGCAGCCAUGACAACCAUCGGCAACGCAACCGUCAAGCUGAACAGCACCGUCUCCUCCUUCCCCGACAACCCGCUCCUCGACCUCCUCGACGUCGGGGGCCUGCUCACCGACUCCAUCUCUCUGCUGAACGACAUCAACGCCGCAACGCACAUCGCGCAAGCCUCCGCCAACCUCACUCUUCUGGAAGCCAUCUCCCUAGCACAAUCGACCAUCUCGCUCGCCUCAAUGGUCGAAUCCACCUUGACGAAUAUUGUCAAUUCCAAGCCCAAGUUCGACAAACUGGUCGUUGUGUCACCGGUUAUUCUCCUCAAUUUGAAGUCGGAGAAGAGCGCGACGGAUAGCUUUGGGGCUGCGGUUGUGGCGAAGGUCCCCGCUGCGUUACAGGCCACGGCGCAGAAUUUGCUGGCGCCGAUCGAUGAUGCGUUUAAUAGUGCUAUUGCUACCUAUGGGGAGUUUGCUUUGUGA